CCCUAACACGGAGCAUGCCUCUGCGUCCGGCAGCCGGCAAACAUGAGCCACCCAGCUCUCCACGGCAGGACCAGCAACAGCACACACACACACACUCACACACACUCACAAACCCUUACACACACGCAGCAAACGGCAGUCAGGGGGCCAGCACUGACAGCAGCAGCUCCCGAGAAGAGGACAGCAGUGUUCCCGUUCCUCACACUGUCCUGGCUUUCCGUCCCGGUGCAGAGCGUAGCAACAGUGCAAGAACACCCAUGGAGGAACCAACAGGCAAUACUGUGGUCAUCCGCAUCGGAAUCCCAGACCUGCAACAGACGAAAUGUUUGAAAUUCAACGUGGAUGCCCCAAUCUGGCUGUCCAAGCAGCGGAUCCUAUGUACUCUCAACCAGAGCCUGAAGGAUGUACUCAACUACGGCCUUUUCCAACCAGCUUACAACGGCAAAGCUGGCAAGUUUCUGGAUGAGGAGAGACAGCUGAGGGAAUACCCCUUCCCAUCUAUCGCUCCUGUACCUUACCUGGAGUUCCGCUACAAAAGACGUGUCUACACUCAGACGUACCUGGAUGAAAAGCAAUUGUCUAAGCUCCACACUAAGGCAAACCUGAAAAAGUUUAUGGAUUAUGUGCAACAGAGGAACAUUGAAAAGCUCUCGAGGUUCCUGGAAAAAGGUCUGGACCCUAACUUCCAUGAUCCAGACACAGGAGAGUGUCCACUAACGCACGCAGCACAGCUGGAAGGAUGUGCAGAGCUCAUCAAAGUGCUGAGAAGUGGAGGGGCACAUCUGGACUUCAGAACAAAGGAUGGCAUCACUGCCCUGCACAAGGCUGUGCGCAGCAAGAACCACACAGCACUCAUUACACUGCUGGACCUGGGUGCAUCACCUGACUAUAAAGACAGCAGGGGGUUGACACCUCUGUACCACAGUUCGAUGGUAGGAGGAGACCCGUACUGCUGUGAGCUGCUGCUGCAUGAUCACGCACAGGUCGGCUGUGUGGAUGAGAAUGGCUGGCAGGAGAUACACCAGGCAUGUCGCUAUGGCCACGUGCAGCAUUUGGAGCAUCUGCUAUUCUAUGGAGCUGACAUGAGUGCCCAGAAUGCAUCUGGAAACACCGCCCUGCAUGUGUGUGCCCUCUACAAUCAGGAUAGCUGUGCCCGUGUCCUCCUGUUCCGGGGAGCCAACAAAGAGAUAAAAAACUACAACAGCCAGACUGCUUUUCAGGUGGCGAUUAUAGCUGGAAACUUUGAUCUUGCAGAAAUCAUUAAGGUCCACAAAGCAUCAGAUGUUGUGCCUUUCAGGGAGACCCCCUCCUACACCAACCGUCGACGUGUGUCAACUGGCCCCCUGCCCUCACCGCGUUCCUUGCUCCGUUCUGCGAGUGACAACAACCUGAAUGGCGACCAUGACCAUCUCCACGCGCCUCCCCCCAGAGAAGCGCGGGGCCGCCAGGGCCCGUCUCCUGUCCCCUCGCUGCGCAGCCUCCCAGCGUUUGGUCAACAGCACUGCAGCCUUGGGGAAAGUCGUCACCCAGAGGUUCCUGACAGCAGUCUUCAGAGCACUGGCAGCUCCAGAUCUUCCCAUUCCCGGUCACCAUCACUACGUCACAUGCACGAAGAAGAUAAACCAGUCCCCAGAAGGUCCCAGAGCCACGGGUACCCCUACGGAUACGGCCCUCGUGGAAGGCUGAGCCCCGGCUCAGUGCAGCGAGACCCAAGCCCACCUCAUCACACCCCUCCAGCACUGACAGGCCCUCGUGGGCCCAAACGAAAACUCUACAGUGCUGUCCCAGGACGUACCUUCAUUGUGGUCAAGCCGUAUUCGCCGCAGGGAGACGGAGAAAUCCAACUCAACCGAGGAGAGCGAGUCAAAGACUAUGACUGUAAUGACGUAGAAGUAACAAAUGGCUGUCUGGAUGUAAAUGCUGACGCCCCGAGCAGUGCGGACGUUGGCGAUAAUGCUGACUUUGAUGAUGAAUAUGAUGAACAUGAAGUGCUGAGUAUAGGGGAAGGAGGUUUCUGGGAAGGCACGGUCAAAGGGCGGACAGGCUGGUUCCCAGCAGACUGCGUGGAAGAAGUUCAGAUGAGGCAGUAUGACCCACGGCUAGAGACUCGAGAGGACCGCAAUAAGAGACUGUUCAGGCACUACACCGUGGGAUCUUACGACAACUUUGCCUCAUACAGAAAGGUUGUUCACGGGUCUCCUGGUUGCGGCAGCAGGAGCUCUGUUUUCCCUUGUGACUACAUCAUAGAGGAGAAGAAUGCUGUUUUACACAAGAAAGAAAACGAGGGGUUUGGCUUUGUCCUGCGGGGAGCCAAAGCCGAGACACCCAUUGAAGAGUUCACCCCCACCCCGGCGUUUCCUGCCCUGCAGUAUCUGGAGUCUGUGGAUGUGGAGGGAGUGGCCUGGAGGGCUGGUCUUAGGACAGGAGACUUCCUCAUUGAGGUAAACGGGGUGAAUGUGGUGAAGGUGGGCCAUAAGCAGGUGGUGUCUUUGAUCCGGCAAGGGGGCAGCAGGCUGCUGAUGAAGGUCGUUUCUGUCACACGUAAACCUGAGUCUGAAGAAGUUGUUCGAAAGAAAGCUCCCCCACCACCUAAGAGAGCUCCCAGCACCACCCUGACUCUGCGCUCCAAGUCCAUGACUGCUGAGCUGGAGGAACUGGCUUCUGCACGGAGGAAAAGAGGAGUUCUGGCUCAUUUUCUUCUAUCAGAGAGACUAGAUGAGAUGUUGGCAUCGCAGGAGUCUAUGUUGCGUUCUCAGCCCGCAGAGGUAGAUUACAGAGCAGCCACUGUCAAACAACGGCCUACCAGCAGGAGAAUAACACCAGCAGAGAUUAGCUCACUGUUUGAGCGACAAGGAAUGACUCUACACGGAGGUCUACAUCCAGGGAUCGAGAGAGGUCACAUUCCACUUCCGAAGGGCAUGUCCAGGACCAAGUCUUUCGGUGCCACGGAGGAGGAUCGACUGUCUGCCCUUGCAGGCGAGCACAGAUUUCCACGCAGUUCCUCCAUGACAGACAGCCUUAGAGACCACUCACAGCCCCAUCCCAUCCCUCCGCCUCCACAAACGGCCCCUCCUCCUCCUCCUUACUACCUUGACACUGGUCCCCCCCCAGCAUUCUGCCCCCCUCCUCCCCCAUCUAGGACCCAGAGUCAGGGCCACGAGCCCGGCGGACGUUCCAGCUUUAAACCCUCCUCCUUGGACCUGCCUUAUGAGGCUGCUCAGCGGCAGGCCACGCAAAUUGAGAGGCAGAAGAAGGCCCGCUCCAUGAUCAUCCUGCAAGACUCCUCCCAUCAACCUGUUGAACCCACAGAGAUUCCCCGUCCUUCUGCUGCUACCCCACCUGAGCGAAUCAAAAGAAGGGGGAGGGUUAUUGACAACCCUUAUGCAAACGUGGGUCAGUUCAGCAUUGGACUGUACACACCCACCAAGCCACAAAGGAAAAAAAGUCCCCUGGUGAAACAACUACAGGUAGAAGAUGCACAAGAAAAAGCUAGUUUGGCCUUAGCUGCUGCCCACUCGCGAGAGAGCUCACCCUCAGGACGACACCCACAUACCCACGGGCACACACACACCAGCCGUGCAGACUACUACCAGCAGCAGUUGAUGGCUGAGCGAGAGCGCUUGCGUGGAGAGAUAAUGUUUCAGGGUAAGGGCCCGUUUGCUGCUGCGAUCGCCGGAGCGGUGAAGGAUCGUGAGCGUCGCCUAGAAGAACGGAGGAAAUCCACUGUCUUCCUUUCUGUUGGGACCAUGGAGGGGACAUCUGCAACCGGCUCCGAUGCCCCCUCCCUGACUCAGUCUCAUUCCAUCGAUGAACGGAUGCUGACCCGGGAGCUGGGACAGCUUCCUCCCCCUGCCUUGGCUCUGAGCCCCUCACCUAGUGGGACCACCUUUAUCCAUCCACUCACAGGAAAGCCUCUCGACCCAAAUUCACCACUGGCUCUUGCGCUGGCCGCAAGGGAGAGGGCGCUCACUUCUCAGAGUCAGUCUCCGACUAGCAGCCCAGAGCCUCGGACUAAACAAGAGCGAGUAGGCCAGGGUGUGAUGUUCACUGACACUCAGACCAAAGAGUCUCCACACGGGGAUGGUGCAGCAACUCCCCCUUUUUCACCGAAAAGCGCCAAGGCAACGGGGUACGAAGUUGGAUCCUCCCCUGCAUCUGUGUUAGCCCCUCAGCCCACCAAAACACCGUGGGCCUCAUCGCCAUCGCCCGUAUCAUUUCGCCAAGAGAUGGAGGCUAGAAUUGAGGAAAGGAGGGAAGAAAAGGGUCUAGAAGAGAAAAAAAGUAUGUUGAUCAGCAUUGUGGAUACGUCGCAGCAGAAGACAGCAGGGCUAAUCAUGGUCCAUGCUACCAGUAAUGGGCAGGCCAUCGCGGUGGCUCCAGAACUUGAACAGACACCUGUGCCUACAUCCACGGAGCCCAGCAAAUCCCAGAGUCCCCGGGCUAAAUCUCCCAGCCCCACCGUGCCCCCGCCUCAGCCUCAGCCGCAAACUCAGCGUCCAGCCAGUCCGGCCCAAGCCAAGAGUCUGGCUCAGGGAAGCUCAGAAGAGGACGUGGAUCCGUACACAGUCACCCUGCCCCCUGCCAUGUUAUCCUCCAGCGACGAGGAAACGCGGGAGGACCUACGAAAGAUCGGAGUGGUUCCUCCACCAGAUGAGUUUGCGAAUGGACUGCUGUCGGAAACACAGGCGGCGUCCCCGGCUAAACCUUCCACCGCUCCCACCACCCCCGCAACACCGACAUCGCAAACUCCCUCAACUCCGACAACCCCGACCGUGACUCCCUCCCAGCCUCAGCCUCAGCCUCCCCAGCCCCCGCCUCCACCCAGUGCAGCGGCCGUCUCAGGGAAGCCCUCCGACCCUCUAGAGCCCCCGCCAGUGGGCGAAUCCGGCUCUGCGGCUGACUCGGGCGUGGAGGAGGCCGACACGCGCAGCUCCAGCGAGAGAGAGCGAGAUUACCAUCUCGAGACCACCAGCACCGUCUCAACCGUUUCCAGCAUGUCCACGUUGUCCUCGGAAAGCGGCGAGCCCGCCGACACACACACCACGCACACCUCCUAUGCCGACGGGCAGACUUUCGUGCUCGACAAGCCGCCAGUGCCUCCUAAGCCCCGGCUCAAGUCCCAAGUGGGAGGCGGCAAAGGCCCGGUCACUUUCAGGGACCCUCUGCUGAAGCAGAGCUCCGACAGUGAGCUACUAUCGCAGCAACAGGCCGCCGCCCUGGCCGCCGCUGCAGCUGGAGGACAUGGGCUCCCCGCCGGCGGAUCCGCUUCUGUGACUGGUUUGGCCCCCACCAAGCCACGCUACCUCUUCCAGCGCAGGUCCAAGCUGUGGGGGGACCCGGUGGAGCCCCGAGGACCUGGGGUGGGGCUCGGUAUUGGGAGUUUGGGCAAUCUCGGUGGACUUGGACUUGGACUCGGUGUGGACGAGAGUACAAAACCGUCUGUUAUGGGAGAGCUCAGUUCACGUCUACAGCAGCUAAAUAAAGACACAAGGUCACUGGGGGAGGAGCCGCUGGGAUCAUCACUCGACCCGGGGAGGAAAUCACCCGUGGCAGGUGCCAGAACUGCCUGUGCGCCCAGGAGGGCAGGACGACUGUACUUUUCAGCAGCUUGGGUGAGCUCCACACCAUUUCUCAGAGAAGUUAUGGAACCACGUACACCAUCCGCCCCGGAGGCCGCUACCCCAUCACCCGCCGCACCCCUAGCCCCGGCUCAGGUUCACCUGAUCGGGGCGACCCCCUCGGACGAUACUCAGGCUUCGGCCUGCUGACCUCACCGACCACACCGCCACAAACCAUCCUCAAGUCCUCGAGCCUCAGCUUACCGCAGGAGCCUAAAGAGGUGCGCUUUGUAAUGAGGAGCUCGAGCGCCCGUUCCCGCUCUCGCUCCCCAUCACCCUCCCAUUCCUCCGGGUUG